GAAAAGAAAACAGGCACCUGAGGAAAAACGAGACUGGGCUUGGACUUGGGGAGGGGGAGAAAAACCGCUCCCAGGAGAAGAUAGAUGUAUGUAGAAGGGAGAGUUUGGUUCUGUCAAAGUAGCUCGAAUCCCUCCAGCGUGAAAAGGUUGUGUGGUUCAGAAGGAACAGAAAGGACUCGGAGAUCUUGGACCAGGUAAAGGACUAGGGGAAAGGGAGGCGUAGUGCUGAGCUGAGCCAGAAGAGUGGGGGGAUCUGCGCCGGGGCUGGAGAAGUCGCGCGCACCUGGGAAUCCGCGGCCGGAUGCCAAAGCGGGAAAAUCCGCUCUAACGGAAAAAGGAGCGAAGGUGGAAGGGCCGAGAUGACGCUCGGGAUUGACGGUUUCAGCUGCCGGUUACCAGCCCAACUUCUAUAGUCACCAUUUGGACUGCCUCUCUAACAUUUCUGAGGUGCCUUAGCACUGAGGUGCCCAGGAAGACGUGGAAGGUGGAGGAAGAACGCUCGACCGAGAGCCUCCUCGCAUUGAACCAAAAUGCAUCGCACCACCCGCAUCAAAAUUACGGAGCUCAACCCCCACCUCAUGUGUGUGAUUUGCGGAGGAUACUUCAUUGAUGCUACCACGAUCAUCGAGUGCCUGCACUCCUUCUGUAAGACUUGUAUUGUACAUUACUUGGAGACCAGCAAGUAUUGUCCCAUUUGCGAUGUCCAAGUUCACAAAACUAAGCCUCUUUUGAACAUAAGAUCUGAUAAAACUCUCCAGGACAUUGUGUACAAGUUAGUACCAGGGCUUUUCAAAAAUGAAAUGAAAAGAAGAAGAGAUUUUUAUGCUGCUCAUCCAUCUGCUGAUG